AUGGGCUGUGGAGCGAGCAGCACGGGAGCCCUUGCACCAAAAGAUGCAUGGUCCCGUCGGGCCCCUCCAGUGCCCCUUCGUUGGCCGAGGAAGCGAAGCGCAAAAGUCUGCAGCCUGGAUGCGACAGGGGUCCUGCCCAAGAAGACCGCAUUUACCCACGAGACGCAGGAGCCCCCAGAUAUGGGCAAAGAUGUGCUCAACGCCAUCCUGGACAACGCAGAAGAAUCGCAGGAGCGGCUGGACGUGGAGGAGGUCGAGCUCGAGGCUCGGUGUUGGUGUUCCAUGAACUCCGAGGAUGUCGCCGCAAGCCGCCAGUACAAGCGGCCUUCCCCGCCCGAUCGACUUACGCAUGAAUGGCACCUGCGGCGGAUUGACCGGCUGCAGCAAGACAUCGUCGUGGACCCAGACCUGUUCGAGACUGCUGUUCGGAUCAGGCGCGUCAAGUCCUUCAUUCCAGACAUGCAGGCAGAAGCCGACAUGAUGCCUCCGCCGCCCCCCUUGCCACGCCGCACGACACCGAGAGCAAGGCAUUUUGAGGACGUAGGAAGAUGA